UUGGCCAACCUUACAAUUGGGGAAUUUUCUCUUUAGGAAAUCACAUGGAGGUGCUGUCGCCCUCACAUGACAAUCUGAACUAUGGAAGGAGACAUCAAUGAAGGGUCAGUUCCUCCCUACUACAGAGAGGUUUAUGAAGCACUGUGCAGUAAAAAAGAUGAACGGGUGCAGUUAGAGGUUUUUCAAAGGUUGCUCAGAAGUACUGAUCUUCCAAAUUCUAUGCAAAACCAGAUUGCAGAACAUGUGGAACAUAAGGAUGGGUCCCUCUCCAAGUUGUCCCUGUAUAAAGCCCUGGCACUGAUUGCACUUGCUCAACAGGGAAAGCAGCCUAGCUCCAAGCUUCUGGAAAACUACAUACAAGAGUUUCCCAAGCCCCAGCUAGGAGAGUUCAAGGACCUGCAGGCCUUGAGGAUGCAGCCCGCUCAGGAGAGCCCCCUAGUGGUGAGACAGACCCUGGCACAGCUGCUGGGGCGGGACGCUGUGCAGGUGGAACUUAUCCCUGAGAAGAAGGGCCUCUUCCUGAAGCACGUGGAGUACCAGAUUACCAGUCAGCGUUUCAAAAUAUCCGUCUAUCGCAGAUACAGUGAUUUUGAUCUGUUUCAUGAGCUUCUGCUGCAGCGGUUUGCCUACAGAAUGGUGCCAGCUCUCCCGCCAAAAAGAAUGCUGAAAGGAGUCCUGACUUCCACCUCCGAGCGAGAGUUCAUCGAGGGGCGGAGGCGUGCCCUGCGCAGGUUCAUUAACCUGGUGGCUCGCCAUCCCUUAUUCUCAGGGGACGAGCUGGUGAAGACCUUCCUGACCUUCAACGGCUCGGAUGUUCAAAACAAACUGAGAGAGGCAUUUAAGAAAGCAGGGGAUGAGUUUAUGACAUGUAAAAUUGCCACGCAAGCUAAGGAGUACCUCCCAGCAGAUAUCCAGGCACAGUUUUCCUCCAGCAGGGAGCUGAUCCGGAACAUUCACAAUAGCUUCCAAAAACUGCGGGACAGAGCGGAGAAAAUGGCCGAACGCUCCAAGGAGAAUGCCACAGACCUUCUCAUGUUUGGGAGGGAGCUGAGCACUGUGGGUACAGAUCCAUCCCCGGUCCCUGCCAUGGCCUCAGCAAACUGCACCUGGGGAACGCUGCGGCAGUCUCUGAAGGGCUUGUCCGUGGAGUUCGCCUUGCUGGCUGACAAGGCAGCUGAACAGGGGAGACGAGAGGAAGAUGAUGUGGUGGAAAAACUGAAUCUUUUCUUGGACCUGCUGCAGUCAUACAAAGACCUGUGCGAGCGCCAUGAGAAGGGCGUGCUGCACGAGCACCAGCGAGCUCUGCAGAAGUACAGCGUGAUGAAGAGGCAGAUGAUGAGCGCCACCGUGCAGCCCAAGGAGCAGGUGUCUGUGGAGCAGCUGGAGUCCCGCAUAGUGCAGCAGGAGAACGCCAUCCUGACCAUGGAGCUGCGCAACUAUUUCUCCCUGUUCUGCCUCCACCAGGAGACCCAGCUCAUCUUCACCUACCUGCCCAUCACCUCCCACAUACUUGGUGCCUUUGUGAACUCCCAGAUCCAAGGACACAAAGAGAUGGGUGCGGUGUGGAACGAUCUUCACCCGAAGCUGAGUUGUCUUUUUGGGGGCAAGAACGGCAUACCCUCUCCUCUCCUCACGCCUCAGACCGCUGUUGCCUUUUCUCCUAACUAAGCUGAUAACGACAGGAGGAGACGCCUCAUGUGCACCAGACUCCACGUCUUCCGGAACGGCUGCUUCCACCUCCAACCCUGAAAUAAGCGGCUCGGGCUAGAAUGCUACACCGGUCCCAGUUUUAUCACACGUCUGCCAUACAACAUAGAGUAGUGGAUAUGCCCCGCUGUUACAGUGCUGAGUUUGUGAGAUGGGGGAUGUCCUCGGGUGCAGAGCGCUGUUUCAGUUUUAUGUGGGCCAGUCAUAGGAGCCACACGCGUGUUGCUGGGAGUGGGGAGGGAGGGAGGAGGGGGUGGGAGAUGGAUGGCUCGGGGCCAUAUGUGACAGCUGCACUACUAAUGAUGCCUUGUCCCUUUUGGCGAACACAAACAAUGGAUGUGCUCUACAGAGUGUCUUUCAUAAAACAAGUAAAUGUUCAGUUUUGCAAUACUUCAAGCUCUCUGGGCAUGUUUGUGUGUCACAAAUACUAAAAAAAGAAAAAAAAAGCACAUGACAUGGAGUGUUUAUAUAGAGUUUUAUCUUGCUGUUCUUUUGACAUGUGUACUUUGGUUAUUUGAAGGCAGUAGAAUGUAUAUAGCUCAUUGAAUAUAUAGAGGAUUUGCAUUGUCCUCUACAAACUAGAUUAUCUCACAGAUUAAGUGUUGUUAUUGUGAGGACUAAUCUCAUUGUAAUAAACCCUAAAAAGAGAACUGGGGAUUUGCUGGGCAUUAUCAGUACCAUACACUUUUUUGCUUUAGCAUUUUUAAGUAUAUAUUUCCUUGAAUGUCUUGUGGUAGCUAUGCCGCUUGUGCUGCCAGUAUACAAACUGUUUUGAACAUGGACAAGACGACGAUCUUGCUGUAUUGUUAUACAUUGCAGUGUUAACACAACAUUACAGCCGAUACAACAGUUGAAUUUGCUCAGGAGGUUUCUGGCUGAAUCGAUUGCCCAUGCAUGUUUGUGUUUAGGCACAUCACAAUCUUUAAACACAGUCGGCCCCAACACAGUUGUGGCUCAGUGCUGCUUCAGCAAAAAAGCUAUUUUGAAGUAAAUCAUGGAUAACCAUACUUCUCCACAUACGUUCUGUGCACAAAUUGCACUUUUGCACAGUCUAACUCAAUUCCAUUUGAGGAACUGAGAGAACGGUUGGAGCCUUGUCCCAUGAUUUAUAAAUACAUUUUUAAAAAGUUGAAGGAAGACUGCCAAAAGCCAGAGGAUGGCACUGUUUUGCUGGCAGAGGCAGCCAAAUAGGCCCUUUAAAAAAAAUAAGUUCAGGGUAUAAAUCAGUGUAGAAAGAUUUUGUUUUUUGUUUGUACCAUAGUAAAUACGAGAUAUAUUUUUGUAUAUAUAGUGUAGAUUUGGAAAUAUUUUUUUCUUUAAUAGUUUCAACAAACCCAUCAAGAUGUAAUGACCCAUUUGAAGUGCAAUCGAAUACUUUUAUACUCUGAAUUGUACAUUAUAUUUUGCACAGCUGCAGUGUCCCCAGUUUAAUGUUAAUCAGUUUGAAUGCUCAUUUUAGUCCAUUUACAGUUAUGUUUGAUUUGGAAGGGAAAUGACUUUUUGAUGGUCAAAACCUUUGGUACCAUUGGAAUUGUUUUCAGUGUUUCAUUAUAAUUGUGUGCCAUUGAUUUUCUCAUCUUUGUAACUGUGAAGAGCCUUGUUUCUUUUUUUGGUGAGCCAAUAAUUCAUAUGAGACUCAGCUGAAUAGAAACCAUUUGUUUAAGAGAGCAUUUAUAGUGUAAAUUUCACUCAUAAUAUCUGGGAUUUUGUGGGUUUAGAGGGAAGAAUAUUAAACUGUUGUCAGUUUGUGGCAGAAAGCUAAAUGUCAAAAUGCCAAAGAAACUGUACAUUUAAUUAGCAGUUCUGCAUACAGUGUUUAAUUCCUAAUUUGUGUGGAAGGUAUACAUCAGCAGCAUAUCUUCUUAUUGUUGGAGUUGAAGGAAAUUAAUCCAGGAAAAGAUGUAUUGUUGCUAAAUGAAUAAGGAGAAUGUCACUAGCCCAGUGAGACAUUAAUCAAAUCAUUUGAUAAUGUGCACAUUCUUUACUGAAUUUUCCAGUCAUUAAAUUUCAGUUGAACUUGUGAAAAGAUAUAUACUUAUCCAUAUGGUGUGCCCAUUUGCAGCUUUGUCAAGUUGUUGGUUUCACAAUUCUAUAGUUAUUCCAUACUUUGAAAGUGUUUUUUAGUUACAUUCUUUAUUCAUUUUGCCUUAUUUAGAAGUGAAAAGAAUGUGGUCAUUGUCAGGGAUGUGCAGUUUUUGUGUUCAGGAUUCUUUUAGUAUGCCUCUUUAAAGGUAUAUGACAGAUCUUUGCCUUAUGAAGUUGUUCAUAAUAUAUUGGUGAUAAAACAUUCUUUAAAAUCCUGUACUUCAGCUUUGAGCAAUUUAAUUACAAUAUUUUGCCAUUUUUAAUUUACUGCCUCUUACUUACCUUUGAAAAUAAUCUGCAAUUCUAGAUCUUGUUUUUCUUCACACGCCUGAUGAAAGUGUUUUUUUUUGGCCUAAGCUCAAGUACACCCUCUGUUGGUGUAAUAAGCACAAUGCACAUAUUAUUAUUUAGUUAAAACACUAACAACCAUUUAUUUAAACUAACAUAGAUACUGCACAAAUUCAGUUUAGUUUAAUUGUCCUAGAUCUCCUCAGUAAGGUAAUAUCAUUCCUUUUAAUAUUUGAAGUGGGUAUUUUGGGGAAGAUGCCUUUGGUAUGUGAAAUAGAGAGACAUAUUUUAUGACAAGGUAUAUUUACAUUCCACUGUGUUCAAGGACCAACAUGUAGAAAAAGGUGUGCACGUAAUAAUGCAUUUUACCAUUGAUGUAUAUGCCAUGUGUCAUGAAAUCUGUGGGUUAUUUUUUGAUGCAUAAAAUAUAUAAAGAUUAUAUAUAUAUGACAGAUAAUAGAAGUCUUUGUGUUUUCAGUUUAAGCAAAGUGAAAGUAUGACCUGGAUCAAUGCACAGUAGAUAAGUGUCAUGGACCAUGGUUGAGUAAAUGAUCUGUCUCAGUUGUAUCUUGAUAUUCCCAUCAAGUAAAAUGUCUUAGAAAGAACUGUUGAUAAAACUCAAAUCAUAUCUUUGUAUUAAUAACUAAUAAAUUGUACGUGCUACUUGGUUA